ACGAAUAUCGGGCAUUGCCGCUCCGUCGCCGAGGUCUAAAUAAUUCCCACGAUCCUUGUCCUCUACUACUAUUAUUCUCUCGACAUGACGUCCAUCAUUCCUGUAUUCCUGGUCCUGGUCAUCGCAGCAGCUCUUAUGACAGCGUCAGCGCUCUUCGUACCCAAAGGACCAAAUCAAAUUGUCAUACGGACAGGCCUGAUGCUUGCACUUGCAGCGUGCUAUCUAAUGUGGAUGGUGACCUAUAUGGCUCAACUGCAUCCCUUGAUUGCCCCCGUGGUGUCAGCAAGGUUGGAGGAGUAAUCCUUGUUUUGUUGACUUCUAUUGCUUUCCAAUAUAUACCAGCUUGUAUCCUUUAAUAUUACAUGGACUUCAGAUCCGAUAUAUGAAAGAAAGUUUUCAAAAUGUAUGAAUAUCGUCGCUU